AUGGGUAUGGAGGUUCAUGCCAAUGAAGGAGGAGUAACACAGACACGUGGUGGUGUAUAUUGGUCAAUCCUACCUGCUGGAUAUCUUGGUUCAUCUUUCUGGGGUAUGCUUCUAAUCUUGGCAUCAACUGGCCUUCUUACUUCAAGAAUCGCAGCCGGAUGUUUAGGAGUUGCUCUUCUUAUUGUCCUCUUUGUUGCCAAAAAUGAUUUAUUAUCUUUCUUGCUGUCAUUUGGAUCCUACAAGAAAAAACCACAGUCCGCAUCCUUCGUUAUGUCAUUUUGUUCAUUGGCAUGUUCAGGUGCUGUUUAUUGUCAGCUAAUGAAUAUCGCUCAUCCUGGAACUGUUCUGAUGCAUAAACUCAAUUUCAAUGUCAAAAUUGAAUACCACAUGAUUCAAAAUUACAAGGUUCUUGGAGAUGUUUUCAACAAACUGAAGAUCAAUAAGCACAUCGAGGUAAACAAAGUGGUGAAAGGAAGGCGAAUGGAUAACCUCAAAUUCAUGCAGUGGAUGAAACGAUACUGUGAUUCAGUCAGCGGAGGCGCUAAUCAAAGGUCAUUAGUGGUUUUAGAUCCUUUAAAACCUCAUAAAGAUGGAAAAAAGUCGCUUCAAUUCAACCGCGUUUUUGGUCCAACUGGUAGUCAAGAGGAGGUUUUUGCUGACAAGAGAAAAAAACUAACACAGCGCCAACGGCGCGUAUGA